AUGAACUCUGGUAGAACUCUGGUUGAACUCUGGUUGAAAAUGGUAGAAUGGACAGAUGCGUAUAUAGAUACUCUAAUCGAAGAACGAAGAAAUAGAAAUAUAGAAUACCAUAACCUCAGAAGAAAUCGAAACAGUUAUAAUGCAAUGUGUGAAUAUAUGGCAGGUAGUCGUAGAGCACAGAGAAAUCGAUUGGGUGCGCAAUAUUUUGAUGAAUUUCGUAUGCAUUUUUGGGAGAGGCCUGAAGAUGAAUUCGAUAGAAUCCGUACUAUCAAUACCUCAAACCGUAGACAAAAUAGAAAUAUGGGAAAUAUAACACCAGCAUCAUCUAUUGACGAAGUGUCAUCAAUGCUAAAUCAGAGUCACCGUGAAUCUCCCACUGGUCAAAGAGAUCGGUCUGCAUCUCCAAUCCGAGAACUCCCAGCAGAAGAGACGAAACUACCAAUCGAGAUCAUGCGAAAAAUACAAAUAAUGCGGAUAGAAAUUCAAGCAAUAACACAAAUAAUGCAGGCGGGAAUUUAA